GAUAUAUAACUAUUGUUUACACCCGUUCGACGUUACAACACAAGCCACAAAAUAUGCACAAUCACAAGUCGCAACGCCAACGAGUGCGGUCGGACCUGUUUCGCUGUAGACGUGUCGUUUGGAAAAUAUUUCAUCGAAACGAGUAAAAACUAUUCGUGAACGUCUUGAAGAGAGUAGAGAAUAAAAAUGGAUGGAUUAGUGCAGUCGGUAGUGUACGACACGUCGUCUCCAGCAAACAUUUAUUCUGCAACGGUAAUGCAAAAGGUCGACGGCGACCAAAAGAUUGUUAUGAUUGCAUCAAAAAAAGACAUGAUCACUCUGGAGUCGAAGAUAAUAGACGAUAAGGUCGAAACUUCUAUCGUGGAACUCAAUUUUUCAAAUAUUCCAAGUAAUGCAGAGAUCAUUUCUAUACACUGCAUAAACAGAUGUAAGGAGUUUGAUGAUUUCGUUUUCGGGAUAACAUAUGCAUUGAUUGUAGAAGAUGAAGAGCCUGAAACGGCUGAAACAUACUUGAACUUAUACUCAGGAUUUCCUGGUUCAUCAUUAGAGGCUAUAAUGGAAAAUUGUAAAACACUUAAAUUGGAUUUUGUUCCAUUUCAAUUGAACCAUGCCAUUUAUAUGUCAGAAUUGCAAAAAAAUGGCAUGUGGUUGUUAUCAGGAAGUGAUAAAAAAAUACACGCUUAUAAGAUUGAAGAACAAGAAAUUCUUGAACAAAAAGUUGAAGAAUAUUUUAUUGAAUUUGAAGAUACAAAAGACUCCAUUGUUCUAUGUUUUGGUACCAAAUCAUUAAGCGACUACAAAAAAAGAUUAUCAUAUUAUGGAUGUGAAACAGGAUAUUCAAUGUUAGCAAUAGUAGAUUCAGGAAAAAAUCAAAUACUGCAUUGCUUUUUAGAACGUUAUGAGUCGCCAAUAACAGUCAUGCAAUUGUUCAACAUACAUAAAAAAACCGUUGACAUUGACAACAUUCUCUCAGCAGUCAAAGAUGAUUCCAUACCAGAUUGUGACACUGUAGAUGAAAAAGAACAAGUCUGUUUACUAGUAGGGAGUGCAGUUGAAAGUGCUGUUGUAUAUAUGAAUGUGUUGAAAAACGAUUUAAGAAAUGCAAUUACAUUGACCGAUAGUAAUAGACACCAAGCUAUUGUGUGCGCUUUAAUCACAGAUGUAAAUUUUGAUUCCAAGAACGAAAUACUACUUGGGACUUAUGGAAAUUAUAUUUUAAAUUAUGUCUACGAAAAUAACAAUUGGGUGGAACAACAACAAUUUGAUAUGAGAGACUCGGUAUAUACAAUUUGUUAUUUAGAUAUAGCUGGUGAAGGAGUGAAUGAUGUUGUUGUAAUGAGUGAAAGAGGAAUACAUAUUUUAAAACAUGAACCUAACUAUAUAGUUGAAGUACUAAAAAAUCGUUUAAAACUAUAGAAGAUUGAAGAAACUAAAGCUAUUAUGUGAAUUAGCUUAAUGGUGAAUUUAAGAUGAUAAAUAAAUGUUUGUGUUCAUAAAUUGGUGAUAUUUUUUUUUUUUUUAAUACACUCAAUAUAAUUAUGAUCACUUUAAAAUGUAUUUACAAUUAUAUUAAAUUGUAUUUGUGAAUUAAAAAUGCUUCAGAAGCUGUCACAUAUUCA